CUCCCUUCUCUUUCCCAUCCUUGUGGCUUUCCUCUAAAAUUUUCUUCCCUCAAUUUGGCUGUUUUCCUUCACUUUCUCUCUCUUUUCUGCAAUUCCUUUCUUUCUCUCUCUUCUUCUUGCGACAACAAUGGCGGAAUCUUCCGCUACUCUCUGCUUCUCGGCCUUUUUCUCUUCCUCCCCAUUUUUCUCUCUCUCCAAGGAAUUCUCUCUCUGUCCUCCUUCUCUCUCCUGUUUUUCUCCCAAUAGAUCUUCCGCUUCUCGUCCCCAAUUUUCUCGUCCUCUGCGAUUCUCGCCCAAGGCUUCCUCCGAUUCCGGCAACUUUUUCACCGACGAUUCCUCCGGUUUAUUUCCAUGGUCCGACGGUGACUCCGAAAUUCAGUGGGUUCCCGAUGGGAAAGUCACAUUUUUCACUUCUGAUGGGCUCAUUCAGAUCGGAGGCUCCAUGGUCCCUAAACGCGUCUCUUCUUCAGAUAAGCAAGCGAGAUCAAAGACAGUUCCAAGAUUCCAGCGUUUUCAAGAGGGUGAUUACAUGGAUCCAAAGCAGGGCCUUUGUUUAGGUGCUCUCUUUGAUAUUGCAGCAACAAAUGGACUUGAUAUGGGGAGAAGACUCUGCAUCUUUGGAUUUUGCCGUUCCAUCGAGAUGCUGAGUGACGUUGUGGAAGACACUGUCUUGGAGCAUGGUGGGGAGGUUGUUUCUGCGGAGAAGGCCGUCAAAGGCGGUUUACAUGAAAAACUAACGAUGACCGUUGCAGUGCCAUUACUUUGGGGGGUUCCUCCUGCUUCCGAAACACUUCACCUUGCUGUUCAGAGCGGCGGCGGAAUUGUAGACAAGGUUUAUUGGCAGUGGGAUUUCUUGUAAAUAAACGAUUACUCAUACAUUACACUAACCAUUAUUUGUGCAUUCUGUACAUAAAAUUGUUACUUUCCUAUGUACAAAACCUAAUCAAUACUCUCCUGUGUACAAAACCCAAUUGUUGUAUUCAAUCUCAAUGAACUCUUGAU